ACACUAUAUGGACACAACAGGUUGCAUUUAUAUAUUUAUAUAUGUGGAACAAUAAGAUUAAUCAAAAAGAGGCCAUGAAUUUGAGAGAGAGUAGGGGUAUUGGGGAUAUUGGAGGUAAGAGACAAAAGGAGAUGAUCUAAUUUAUUUUUAUUGGAUCCUGAUCAUGUUAGGGAUUUAUUAUGUAACAUUGGUUGAAUCAGUUAUCAUUUGGAGCAUGUUUUGUUCACCUGUGACAGAGUUAUCCCUCACAGGUUGUACAGUGGAUGAUAUCAGCAAAUGGGUAUCAGGUGCUCAGGACAGUAAAUAUUAACAAUCAUUGUCUGAUGUCAGCUUGGUGGGAAUGGGCUGCAUGUGUAAGCAUUGCACUUGUCGUUGUGUGACCCUCUGCAGUGUGGGGUUCCAGUUGAGAAAAUAAUGAAUUUUUACACCUCAAGCACAUAGUGUUGGUAGUUUGAUUUUUCUAAAGUCCAUCUUUUUUCAGUAUUCCCUCCUACACUCAGGAGCCCGCGGAUCUUGGUUGGGCUAGGGGAUUUUGUUGUUUUCUUUGUACUUAAUUUUCUUUUUUUGCGGUUAUUUAUCUAUCUAUCUAUCUAUUUAUUUAUUAUCCUUAUUAACGUGAAUAUUUCUUAUUUACAUUUCUUUUUUUAUUAACUUGAGUAUUUCUUAUUUACAUUUCGAGUGUUAUUCCCUUUCCCGAUUUACGGGCCAACAUCCCCCUAACCCCUCUCCUCCCCUUCUUUAUGGGUGUUCCCCUCCCCAUCCUCCCCCCAUUGCUGCCCUCCGCCCAACAAUCAUGUUCACUGGGGGUUCAGUCUUAGCAGGACCCAGGGCUUCCCCUUCCACUGGUACUCUUACUAGGAUAUUCAAUGCUACCUAUGAGGUCAGAGUCCAGGGUCAGUCCGUGUAUAGUCUUUAGGUAGUGGCUUAGUCCCUGGAAGCUCUGGUUGGUUGGCAUUGUUGUUCAUAUGGGGUCUCGAGACCCUUCAAGCUUUCCAGUUCAUUCUCUGAUUCCUUCAACGGGGGUCCUGUUCUCAGUUCAAUGGUUUGCUGCUGGCAUUCGCCUCUGUAUUUGCUGUAUUCUGGCUGUGUCUCUCAGGAGAGAUCUACAUCCAGUUCCUGUCUGCCUGCACUUCUUUGCUUCAUCCAUCUUGUCUAAUUGGGUGGCUGUAUAUGUAUGGGCCACAUGUGGGGCAGGCUCUGAAUGGGUGUUCCUCCUGUCUCUCUUUUAAUCUUUGGCUCUCUAUUCCCUACCAAUGGUAUUCAUGUUCCCCUUUUAAAGAAGGAGUGAAGCAUUCACAUUUUGAUCAUCCGUCUUGAGUUUCAUGUGUUCUAGGCAUCUAGGGUAAUUCAAGCAUUUGUGCUAAUAGCCACUUAUCAAUGAGUGCAUACCAUGUGUGUUUUUCUGUGAUUGGGUUACCUCACUCAGGAUAUUUUCCAGUUCCAACCAUUUACCUAUGAAUUUCAUAAAGUCAUUGUUUUUGAUAGCUGAGUAAUAUUCCAUUGUGUAGAUGUACCACAUUUUCUGUAUCCAUUCCUCUGUUGAAGGGCAUCUGGGUUCUUUCCAGCUUCUGGCUAUUAUAAAUAAGGCUGCUAUGAACAUAGUGGAGUACGUGUCUUUUUUAUAUGCUGGGGCAUCUUUUGGGUAUAUGCCCAAGAGAGGUAUAGUUGGAUCCUCAGGCAGUUCAAUGUCCAAUUUUCUGAGGAACCUCCAGACUGAUUUCCAGAAUGGUUGUACCAGGCUGCAAUCCCACCAACAAUGGAGGAGGGUUCCUCUUUCUCCACAUCCUCGCCAGCAUUUGCUGUCACCUGAGUUUUUGAUCUUAGCCAUUCUCACUGGUGUGAGGUGAAAUCUCAGGGUUGUUUUGAUUUGCAUUUCCCUCAUGAAUAAAGAUGUUGAACAUUUCUUUAGGUGUUUCUCACCCAUUCGGCAUUCCUCAGCUGUAAAUACUUUGUUUAGCUCUGAACCCCAUUUUUUGAUAGGGUUAUUUGUCUCCCUGCGGUCUAACUUCUUGAGUUCCUUGUAUAUUUUGGAUAUAAGGCCUCUAUCUGUUGUAGGAUUGGUAAAGAACUUUUUCUAAUCUGUUGGUUGCCAUUUUGUCCUGACCACACUGUCCUUUGCCUUACAGAAGCUUUGCAGUUUUAUGAGAUCCCAUUUGUCGAUUCUUGAUCUUAGAGCAUAAGCCAUUGGUGUUUUGUUCAGGAAAUUUUUUCCAGGGCCCAUGUGUUCAAGAUGCUGCCCUAGUUUUUCUUCUAUUAGUUUGAGUGUAUCUGGUUGAUGUGGAGGUCCUUGAUCCACUUGGACUUAAGCUUUGAACAGGGUGAUAAGCAUGGAUCGAUCUGCAUUCUUCUACAUGUUGACCUCCAGUUGAACCAGCACAUUUGCUGAAAAUGCUUUUUUCCAUUUGAUGGUUUUGGCUGCUUUGUCAAAAACCAAGUGACCAUAGGUAUGUGGGUUCAUUUCUGGGUCUUCAGUUCUAUUCCAUAGGUCUAUCUGUCUGUCUCUGUACCAAUACCAUGCAGUUUUUAUCACUAUUGCUCUGAAAUACUGCUUGACUUCAGGGAUAGUGAUACCCCCUGAAGUCCUUUAAUUGUUGAGGAUAGUUUUAGCUAUCCUGGGUUUUCUGUUAUUCCAGAUGAAUUUGCAAAAGGGUUCUGUCUAACUCUUUGAAGAAUUGGAUUGGUAUUUUGAUGGGGAUUGCAUUGAAUCUGUAGAUCGCUUUUGGUAAAAUGGCCAUUUUUACUAUAUUAAUCCUGCCAAUCCAUGAGCAUGGGAGAUCUUUCCAUCUUCUUAGGUCUUCUUCAAUUUCUUUCUUCAGAGUCUUGAAGUUCUUAUUGUACAGAUUUUUACUUGCUUGGUUAAAGUCACACCGAGGUACUUUAUAUUAUUUGGGUCUAUUAUGAAGGGUGUUGUUUCCCUAAUUUCUUUCUCAGCUUGUUUCUCUUUUGUGUAGAGGAAGGCUACUGAUUUAUUUGAGUUAAUUUUAUACCCAGCCACUUUGCUGAAGUUGUUUAUCAGCUUUAGUAGUUCUCUGAUGGAACUUUAGGGAUCACUUAAAUAUACUAUCAUAUCAUCUGCAAAUAGUGAUAUUUUGACUUCUUCUUUUCCAAUCUGUAUCCCCUUGACCUCCUUUUGUUGUCUGAUUGCUCUGGCUAGAACUUCAAGAACUAUAUUGAAUAAGUAGGGAGAGAGUGGGCAGCCUUGUCUAGUCCCUGAUUUUAGUGGGAUUGCUUCAAGUUUCUCUCUAUUUAGUUUAAUGUUAGCAACUGGUUUGCUGUAUAUGGCUUUUACUAUGUUUAGGUAUGGGCCUUCAAUUCCUAUUCUUUCCAGGGCUUUUAUCAUGAAGGGGUGUUGAAUUUUGUCAAAUGCUUUCUCAGCAUCUAAUGAAAUGAUCAUGUGGUUUUGUUCUUUCAGUUUGUUUAUAUAAUGGAUCACAUUGACGGUUUUCCGUAUAUUAAACCAUCCCUGCAUGCCUGGGAUGAAGCCUACUUGAUCAUGGUGGAUGAUUGUUUUGAUGUGCUCUUGGAUUCAGUUUGCCAGAAUUUUAUUGAGUAUUUUUGCGUCGAUAUUCAUAAGGGAAAUUGGUCUGAAGUUCUCUUUCUUUUUUGGGUCUUUGUGUGGUUUAGGUAUAAGAGUAAUUGUGGCUUCAUAGAAGGAAUUCAGUAGUGCUGCAUCUGUUUCAAUUUUGUGGAAUAGUUUGGACAGUAUUGGUAUGAGGUCUUCUAUGAAGGUCUCUUAGAAUUCUGCACUGAACCUGUCUGGACCUGGGCUCUUUUUGGUUGGGAGACCUUUAAUGACUGCUUCUAUUUCCUUAGGAGCUAUGGGGUUGUUUAACUGGUUUAUCUGUUCCUGAUUUAACUUCGGAACCUGGUAUCUGUCUAGGAAAUUGUCCAUUUCCUGCAGAUUUUCAAGUAUUGUUGAGUAUAGGCUUUUAUAGUAAGAUCUGAUGAUUUUUUGAAUUUCCUCUGAAUCUGUAGUCAUGUCUCCCUUUUCAUUUAUGAUUUUGUUAAUCUCUGUGUCCUCUCGUUAGUCUGGCUAAGGGUUUGUCUAUCUUGUUGAUUUUCUCAAAGAACCAACUUUUGGUUCUGUUGAUUCUUUCUAUGGUCCUUUUUGUUUCUGCUUGGCUGAUUUCAGCUCUGAGUUUGAUUAUUUCCUGUCUUCUACUACUCCUGGGUGUAUUUGCUUCUGUUUGUGCUAGAGCUUUUAGGUGUGCUGUCAAGCUGCUGACAUAUGCUCUCUCCUGUUUCUUUCUUCAGGCACUCAGAGCUAUGAGUUUUCCUCUUAGCACAGCUUUCAUUGUGUCCCAUAAGUUUGGGUAUGUUAUACCUUCGUUUUCAUUAAAUUCUAAAAAGUCUUUAAUUUCUUUCUUUGUUUCUUCCUUGAUCAGGUUAUCGUUGAGUAGAGCUUUUUCCAACUUCCACGUAUAUGUGGGUGUUCUUCCCUUAUUGUUAUUGAAUACCAGCUUUAGGGCGUGGUGGUCUGAUAGCACACAUGGGAUUAUUUCUAUCUUUCUGUACCUGUAGAAGUCCAUUUUUUGACCAAUUAUAUGGUCAAUUUUGGAGGAAGUACCAUGAGGAGCUGAGAAGAAGGUAUGUCCUUUUGCUUUAGGAUACAAUGUUCUAUAAAUAUCUGUUAAGUCCAUUUGGUUCCUGACUUCUCUUAGUCUGUCUACAUCUCUGUUUAAUUUCUGUUUCCAUGACCUGUCCAUUGAUGAGAGUGGGAUGUUGAAAUCUCCUACUGUUAUUGUGUGAUGUUCAAUGUGUGUUUUGAGCUUUAGUAAGGUUUCUUUUAUGUAUGUAGGUGCCCUUGUAUUUGGAGCAUAGAUAUUUAGGAUUGAGAGUUCAUCUUGGUGGAUUUUUCCCUUUUCCUUUCUUAUCUUUUUUGAUGACUUUUAGUUGAAAAUUGAUUUUAUUCGAUAUUAGAAUGGCUACUCCAGCUUGCUUCUUCUGACCAUUUGCUUGGAAAGUUGUUUUCGAGGCAUUCACUCUGAGGUAGUGUCUGUCUUUGUCUCUGAGGUAUGUUUCAUGUAGACAGCAGAACGGAGGGUCCUCAUUGCGUGUCCAGUUUGCUAAUCUAUGUCUUUUUAUUGGGGGGUUGAGACCAUUGAUGUUGAGAGAUAUUAAGGAAUAGUGAUUAUUGCUUCCUGUUUUAUUCAUAUUUGAAUGUGAGGUUAUGUUUUUGUGCUUUUCUUCUCUUUGUUUUGUUGCCAAGAUGAUUAGUUUCUUGCUUUUUCUAGGCUAUAGCUUGCCUCCUUAUGUUGGGCUUUACCAUUUAUUAUCCUUUAGGGCUGGAUUUGUAGAAAGAUAUUGUGUAAAUUUGGUUUUGUCAUGGAAUAUCUUGGUUUCUCCAUCUAUGUUAAUUGAGAUUUUUGCAGGAUACAGUAACCUGGGCUGGCAUUUGUGUUCUCUUAGGGUCUGUAUGACAUCUGUCCAGGAUCUUCUGGCUUUCAUAGUUUCUGGCGAGAAGUCUGGUGUGAUUCUGAUAGGUCUGCCUUUAUAUGUUACUUGACCUUUUACCCUUAUUGCUUUUAAUAUUCUUUCUUUAUUUUGUGCAUUUGGUGUUUUGAGUAGUAUGUGACAGGAGGAGUUUCUUUUCUGGUCCAAUCUUUUUGAAGUUCUGUAGGCUUCUUGUAUGUUUACUGGCAUCUCUUUCUUUAGGUUAGGGAAGUUUUCUUGUAUGAUUUUGUUGAAGAUACUUACUGGUCGUUUGAGCUGGGAGUCUUCACUCUCUUCUGUACCUAUUAUCCUUAGGUUUGAUUUUCUCAUUGAGUCCUGGAUUUCCUGUAUGUUUUGGACCAGUAGCUUUUUCCAUUUCACAUUAUCUUUGACAGUUGUGUUGAUGAUUUCUAUGGAAUCUUCUGCUCCUGAGAUUCUCUCUUCCAUCUCUUGUAUUCUGUUGGUGAUGCUUGUAUCUACGGCUCCUUGUCUCUUCCUUCGGUUUUCUAUAUCCAGGGUUGUUUCCCUGUGUUCUUUUUUCAUUGCUUCUAUUUCCAUUUUUAAUUCCUUCAACUGUUUGAUUGUGUUUUCCUGGAAUUCUUUCAGGGAUUUUUGUGAUUCCUCUCUAUGGGCUUGUACUUGUUUAUUUAUGUUUUCCUGCAUUUAUCUAAGGGAAUUCUCAUGUCUUUCUUGAAGUCCUCCAGCAUCAUGAUCAAAUAUGAUUUUAAAUCUAGAUCUUUCUUUCCUGGUGUGUUUGGAUAUUCAGUGUUUGCUUUAGUGGGAGAAUUGGGCUCUGAUGAUGCCAUGUAGUCUUGGUUUCUGUUGCUUGGGUUCCUGUGCAUUCCUCUCGACAUCAGAUUGUCUCUGGUGUUACUUUUUCUGCUAUUUUUGACAGUGGCUAGACUGUCCUAUAGGCCUGUGUGUCAGGAGUGCUAUAGCCCUUAUUCCGUGUUUUCUUUCAGCCAGUUAUGGGAACAGAGUGUUCUGCUUUUGGGUGUGUAGUUUUUCCUGUCUACUGGUCUUCAGCUGUUCCUGUGGGCCUGUGUCCUGAGUUCACCAGGCAGGUCGCUUGGAGCAGAAAAGUUGGUCUUACCUGUGGUCCUGCGGCUCAAGUUUGCUCGUGGGGUGCUGUUUUUGAGCUCUCUGUGAGGGCAGCAACCAGGAGUGCCUGAGCCACCUUUUCCAGGAGCCCCCGUGCACCGGGGUCCCAGAUGGUAUUAGGUGUUUUCCUCUGGAGUCAGAAAUUUGGGCAGAGUGUAGUCUCUUCUGGUUUCCCAGGCGUGUCUGCCUCUCUGAAGGUUUAGCUCUCCCUCCACGGGAUUUGAGUGCAGAGAACUGUUGAUUCAGUCCCUUCAGGUCCUGGCGGUGUCUGGAGCACAGGGGACCUGCAGCUCCAGUGCCCCUAUCUUCCGGUUCCCAGAGACCGUAUACAGUUUCCUCUUGGGCCAAGGCUGUGGGCAGCAGUAGGCAGUAUUGGUGGCCUCUCCCACUCUGCAGUCUCAGGAGUGCCCACCUGUCCAGGUGGUGAGCUCUCUCUCCCAUGGGGUUUAGGAGCAGUGAGCUGUGGGUGGGGAUCAGCGUGGUUGGGAAUUCAGCUAAAAACCGGAAGUGUCUAGUCCCAGAGGAAUUUUGCCUCUGUGUGUCCUGAGACCACCAGUCAGGUCGCUUGUAGCAGAAAAGUUGGUCUUACCUGUUGUUCCGUGGCUCAAGUUUGCUCGUGGGGUGUUGCUUUUGAGCUCUUCGUGAGGGCGGCAACCAGGAGGGCCUGUGCCGCCUUUUCCGGGAGCCCCUGUGCACCAGGGUCCCAGAUGGUGUUAGGUGUUUUCCUCUGGAGUCAGAAAUGUGGGCAGAGUGUAGUCUCUUCUGGCUUCCCAGGCAUGUCUGCCUCUCUGAAGGUUUAGCUCUCCCUCCCACGGGAUUUAGGUGCAGAGAACUGUUGAUCUGGUCCCUUCAGGUCCCAGCGGUGUCUCUACUUAAUUUUCUAAGAAAAAAUUUUGGUAGCAGCAAUGACUUUGUACUCUCUUCCCAGUCCCAACCUCACAAAUACCUCCCCUAGUACCUCCUUCCCUUCUCCUCUGUGUAGGUGAAACCUGUUCUAGGUUAUGUUCCUGGGAUAUCAAGUCUCAGCAAGUGUAGAUGAAUCCUUUCUUACUGAGGCUCUUCCAGGUAGUCUAGUUUAUGGAAAGGAAUCUAAUGGUAGGUAGCAGAUAGUUUCUGCUGCAAUUGUUGGGGGACCCAAGAAGAACAAGCUGCACAUGUGCUGUAUAAGUGUAGGGUCCUAGGUCCAGCCUCUGAAUGUUCUUUGGUUGGUGGUUCAGUCUCUGUGAGACCCAGGGUCCCAGGUUAGUUGAUUCCCUAGAUCUUCUUGUGGUGUCCUUGACCACUCUGGCUCACUGAAUCCUGCCCCCACUCUUCCACGGGACUCUUGGUGCUUCCCCUGAUGAUUGACUAUUUCUAUCUGCAUUUUAAUAGCUAUUUUUAUUAAAUAAAUAUAUCUCUCUCCCUGUCUGUCUGUCUGUCUGUCUGUCUGUCUGUCUGAGUGUCUCUCUCUCUCUCUCUCUGUGAGACAACUUUAUGUAUAGAAAACAUUCUGGUUAAAUCUCCUCACCUCUUCCUUACCCCACCCUUGUCACACUCAGUUCUUCCCUGCAAAGCUCCUUCCCAUAUUCAUGACUUGUUUUGUGUCCUGAAGACUUUAUCUAGUUUCCUGUGUGUGUGACUGUGGAUUUGGAACCAUCCAUUCAAGUCUGUGGGUCGCCAGUUAUCAGUGGGUUCAGAACUGAGUUCAAUUACUCCCUCUCAGCAAUGACUUGCAGGGCCUGUCUCUUUUUCCCUGGCACCAUAGUCAAGCAUUGGCAGGUGAUGAAUUUUGGUGGAUAGAUGUAGUAGAUAUUUUUGAGGCAUGUUUUCCCAUAUCCCAUGCUGGGCUCAAACAAUCCAUGUGGCUUUGAACUUUGUCUUUCAACUUCUAAUCCCCCUGCUUCUAUUCUCUGAGUGCAUUUUUGAAUGAAGCCACCAGAGGUGAGGGGAUAUUUCAUGGUAUUUAUUUGCUUGAAUUUCUGAUAGAAACUAAGAACCUUUAGUCUUACCCAUAUUCCAUUGUUGUUCCCUGAUGCCAGACGGAAUGUUAGCUCAAAGGAGGUCAAAGAGGCUGUAGAUGAACUGUCUAGGGGAAGAGAGUACCAAGGUCCAGGUGAGGGAGAUGUGAUCCAUCUAUUGGCUGGAUCCCUGGUGCCACCCACCUUCCCAGCAUUUAAGUACUGCAGGCUGGCCUCAGUGCAGCAGUGUGGGCAGAAGGGAAGCCCUGCAGAGGGUCACAGGCACAGGUAGAAGGAGAACACAGAGAAGUAAAUUGCUGACUGACAAGCAGGGAUGGACCUGGUUUCAGCUCUCUCACUGGAAACCUGGCUCCUCCUAGCAAUCAUCCUUGUGCUCUUCUACCGAUUUGGGACCCGUACACAUGGAAUUUUUAAGAAACAGGGAAUUCCUGGGCCAAAACCUCUGCCUUUUUUAGGCACUGUGCUGAAUUACUACAGGGGCUUAUGGAAAUUCGACAUGGAGUGCUAUAAGAAGUGUGGGAAAAUAUGGGGGUUGUUUGAUGGUCAAACGCCUGUGUUUGCCAUCAUGGACACAGAAAUGAUCAAGAGUGUGCUAGUGAAGGAAUGCUUUUCUGUCUUCACAAACCGGCGGAAUAUUGGCCCAGUGGGGAUCAUGAGCAAAUCCAUCUCUGUAGCUAAGGACGAGGAGUGGAAAAGAUAUAGAGCCUUCCUGUCCCCCACAUUUACCAGUGGAAGACUCAAGGAGAUGUUCCCCAUCAUCGAACACUAUGGAGACAUUUUGGUAAAGUACUUGAAGCAAAAGGUAGAGAAAGGCAAGCCUCUUGCUAUGAAAGAAGUGUUUGGUGCCUACAGCAUGGAUGUUAUUACCAGCACAUCAUUUGAAGUUAACAUCAAUUCCAUCAACAACCCAAAGGAUCCUUUUGUGGAGAAAGUCAAGAAAUUCCAAAGAUUUGACUUUUUUGAUCCGUUGUUCUUGUCAGUAGUACUCUUUCCAUUCCUCACCCCCAUAUAUGAGAUGUUAAAUAUCUGCCUCUUCCCAAAGGAUUCAGUAGCAUUUUUCCAAAAAUUUGUGUACAGAAUGAAGCAAACCCGCCUGGAUUCUAAGCAUAAGCACCGAGUGGAUUUUCUUCAGCUGAUGAUGAAUGCUCAUAAUAAUUCCAAAGACAAAGUGUCUCAUAAAGCCCUGUCUGACAUUGAAAUUGUAGCCCAGGCAAUUAUCUUUAUUUUUGCUAGCUAUGAAACCACCAGCAGCACACUUUCCUUUGUCUUGUAUUCCCUGGCCACUCACCCUGACAGCCAGAAGAAACUGCAGGAGGAAAUCGACAGGGCUCUACCCAAUAAGGCACCUCCCACCUAUGAUACUGUGAUGGAAAUGGAGUAUCUGGAUAUGGUGUUGAAUGAAACCCCCAGAUUGUAUCCAAUUGGUUAUAGACUUGAGAGAGUCUGUAAAAAAGAUAUAAAACUUGAUGGUGUGUUUAUACCCAAAGGGUCAGUGGUGAUGAUUCCAUUUUAUACUCUUCAACAUGACCCACAGCACUGGCCAGAGCCUGAGGAAUUUCUUCCAGAAAGGUUCAGCAAGGAGAACAAGGGCAGCAUUGAUCCUUAUGUAUAUCUGCCCUUUGGAAAUGGACCCAGGAACUGUAUUGGCAUGAGGUUUGCUCUCAUGAAUAUGAAACUUGCUCUCACUAAAGUUCUGCAAAACUUCUCCUUCCAGCUUUGUGAGGAAACACAGAUACCUCUGAAAUUAAGUAGACAAAGACUUUUUGGACCAGAAAAACCCAUUGUUCUUAAGGUUGUGCCACGGGAUGCAGUCAUAACUGGAGCAUGACUUUUCCUCAAGGAAUUUUAUUAGACUCUUAAGAAAGUCAGUGUCUAAGAACAUUGAACUUAUUAAUUUACUUCAAGAAUGAAUUCCAGACAAAACUGGGGCUUAACUGACUGUUCUUGAUGCAUGGUUAAUGAGUCAGUACAUUUAUUGAUCUUUCUCAGUGUCUAUACAAAAUACCAUCUAAUAAAAAGGAGACAAUAAGUAAGUGACAGAACAUGAAAUUUACCAUUGCUGAUUCUCAUGGGACCACCUCUAUCCACAUCUGCUUGUCUUUGUUAAUUUUUGAACGAUUUUGAUAGUAAUCAUGUCUCUAUAAUUUGAUCAAUAAUAUUUUGAUGUAAAAGUGAACUAUUGUGAUAACUCUUUUGUAGAUUUGGUAUCAAAUGCUUUAGUUGCAAUAUUCUAGAAUGGAAAGUAUCCUUAAAUAUCCUUUAAAAAAUCCUGUUUAACUGUGUUUUAAAAUAUUCUUUGUGAGCUUUAUUGAAUGUAUUUUGAUCAUAUUAAUUCCUUUCCUUCAAAUGUUCCCAGAUUCUAUCCAAUCUUCUUUCCCAACCACUUUAUAUUUCUCACAGUGUUUCAAAACAAAACAAAAACUAUGGAGUCUAGUUUGUGUUGGAUAUCUUUUCCUCGUGUGAGGCCUGCCAUGGAGUGAAACUUGUAUGACCCCCAUAGACAAAAACCUGACCUUUCAUCUCUCAGGUACUCUCUGCUUACAGUGAGUCCUUAGCUAGAGGGAGGACUUUCAACUUGUCGCCACUAGCAUUUUGUCUUGAGUUUGUGGAGAUCAUGUGAAUUUGUCAAAGUCUCUGUGAGUUCAUGUACACACAUGCAUGCAUGUUGUGUCUGUCAAUGCUGUUUCCUUAAAGUCAUCUACUACCUCUGA